CCCGCGGCCCCUCCCCGGGGUUUGCGCUUUAACCGCCCUCCCUGCUGUCCCUCGCAGGCGCGUCGGGACACCCCGAGGCAUCCUCCCCCGCCCGCGGGCCCGCCAGGCGCAGCUCGUGUCCGCGCUCGCAUCUCCCGAUCGCGGCUGCGCUGCUCCCCCUUCUGGUCUUGGGACUCCCGGCGGCGUCGCCCCUCCAAACAUGACUCGCGAUUUCAAACCUGGAGACCUCAUCUUCGCCAAGAUGAAAGGUUAUCCUCAUUGGCCGGCUCGAGUAGAUGAAGUUCCUGAUGGAGCCGUGAAACCACCCACAAACAAACUACCCAUUUUCUUUUUUGGAACUCAUGAGACUGCUUUUUUAGGACCAAAGGACAUCUUUCCUUACUCAGAAAAUAAGGAAAAGUAUGGCAAACCAAAUAAACGAAAAGGUUUUAAUGAAGGAUUAUGGGAGAUAGAUAACAAUCCGAAAGUGAAAUUUUCAAGUCAACAGGCAUCAACUAAACAGUCAAAUGCAUCAUCUGAUGUUGAAGUUGAAGAAAAAGAAACUAGUGUUUCAAAGGAAGAUACUGAUCAUGAAGAAAAAGCCAGCAAUGAAGAUGUGACUAAAGCAGUUGACAUAACCACUCCAAAAGCUGCCAGGCGAGGAAGAAAGAGAAAGGCUGAAAAACAAGUGGAAACUGAAGAAGCAGGAAUGGUGGCUACAGCAACAGCUUCUGCUAACUUGAAAGCAAGUCCUAAGAGAGGACGACCUGCAGCGACUGAAGUCAAGAUUCCAAAACCAAGAGGCAGACCUAAGGUGGUAAAACAGCCUUGUGCUUCAGAGAGUGACAUGGUUAUUGAUGAAGACAAAGGGAAAAAAAAGGGGCCAGAGGAAAAACAACCUAAAAAGCAGCUUAAAAAGGAAGAAGAAGGUCAAAAGGAAGAGGAUAAGCCCAGAAAAGAACCAGAUAAGAAAGAGGGGAAGAAAGAAGUGGACUCUAAACGGAAAAAUUUAGCUAAACCAGGGGUUACAUCAACCUCUGAUUCCGAAGAUGAAGACGAUCAAGAAGGUGAAAAGAAGAGGAAGGGUGGAAGAAACUUCCAGAGUGCUCACAGGAGGAACAUGCUGAAAGGCCAACAUGAGAAAGAAGCCGCAGAACGGAAACGCAAGCAAGAGGAACAAAUGGAAACUGAGCAGCAGAAUAAAGAUGAAGGAAAGAAGCCAGAAGUUAAGAAAGUGGAGAAGAAGCGAGAAACAUCAAUGGAUUCUCGACUUCAAAGGAUACAUGCUGAAAUUAAAAAUUCACUCAAAAUUGAUAAUCUAGAUGUGAACAGAUGCAUUGAGGCACUGGAUGAACUUGCUUCACUUCAGGUAACAAUGCAACAAGCUCAGAAACACACAGAGAUGAUCACAACCCUGAAGAAAAUACGGCGGUUCAAAGUUAGUCAAGUUAUCAUGGAAAAGUCCACAAUGUUAUAUAACAAGUUUAAGAAUAUGUUUUUGGUUGGUGAAGGGGAUUCAGUCAUCACCCAAGUGCUGAACAAAUCUCUUGCUGAACAAAGACAGCAUGAGGAAGCAAAUAAAACCAAAGACCAAGGAAAGAAAGGGCCAAACAAAAAGCUAGAAAAAGAACAAACCGGUUCAAAGACCUUAAAUGGAGGAUCUGACACUCAAGACAGUAGUCAUCCGCAACACAAUGGUGACAGUAAUGAAGACAGCAAAGACAGCCAUGAGGCCAGCAGUAAGAAAAAGUCCCCCGGAGAAGAGAGAGAGGCUGAACUAUCUCUGAAGGAGUCACCACUUGAUAACUAGGUUGGCGGACAUGUGGUGUAAAGAUGAUGUGAAGUCUGUUGUGAGUGGCUUCAUUUGAAAUCCUUAGGCUGCUGAAAGGGUUAAAUUUUUAUAAGCAUAGGUUUGAUGUUUAAGUAGUUUGGGGGAAGAAAAUCCCUUUAUGUUUGUGUAAAAGUAAAACUUAUUGCUCAUUUUCCGUGUGCAGUAUUAACAGCUCCAUCAUCCAGUUCAAAUGUGAGGGAAACCUACUUAGAAAGGUUCACCCGCUUUAUAGACAUGACUAGUGUAUUUCAGUUAGAGUGUGUGUGUCCAUGUGUAAUUGGUAGUAGGCCAGUUACAUUUUAAAACUGCUCCUUGUGUAAAUCGUCCCUCUUCUCCCAAGUACUGUGGGUUUUGUGCAUAGUUUUUACAAAUCUUGGAUUUACCAGACUGUCUUUUCACUGUUUGUGGGUUUUUUAGAAGUUGAGCAUUUUUAUGGUUGAUAAAAUGAAUGUGACUUCUAAGCACUCACUCCUUUUUAUCAGAAGUUAACUUUAACCUCAAUCUAUUGUGCUGCAUUAGCUUGCCUCUUUCUAAUAAUGUGUAGUCUGUAUGACAACUAGAUGUCCAACUGAUUGUCUUAGAAGGUACAAAUUUCUUAACUUUGGCAAGUAAUUUAGUUUUAGGGCUGGGAAUUCAGUGGAGUCAGUACUAAAGAGAACAGACUGAGAUUAUAUAUAUAUAUAGGAAGUUCAUCUACAAUCCUUUUUAGCUACUAAUCACAAAAACAUAAAAUAGUUUGUUUUUAAUCUUACACUCAUUAAGGUCACAUGCAUUAAGGUCUAUCUAUCUACAUGGGUUUUUUUUUUUUUAUUUAAUUGUAAUCAAUCCAUGAUGCUUAUAAGUGUUAAAUAUAAACAAAUAAGGAAACUAACUUCAUUGAAAACAGGGCCAUAUUAGAAUGAGACUUGUAUUUAGUUUCUGUAUCAGACAUCACAGGAUUAGAAAAAUAAAAGGUAGAAAUAUCAGUUGCUCCAAGGUAGUAACUAGAUAGUUCAUACACAUAAAUGUAGACUAUCAGAGCCUGUUAAAUUAAGGAAUAACAUUUCAAAGAUAUUCUGAGUAAUCACGUCAGUUAUUGGCUUCCAGUAGGAAGAAAGGUUCAUCACUAUGCUUUGAAAUUUAAUGGGAAAGUGACUUAAUACCAGUGUUUGUGUGGUGUGAUUAUAUAUGACUUCCCAGAUAAUUAUUUUCACUUAUGUAAAGGAUUUUGAAUUAUUCAAUAAUUGGACUUUUGCUCUACUGUUUUGGGCAAUGCUGUACAUUAUAUAUACACCAGUCUUCUGUUUUGUCCUUAGUACGUUUUUAACUUGGACAAAAAUUAUUCUAGUUAAGCCAUAAGUGUCAAAUGUGUAAACUUGUUUUAAUUAAAGUUGUUUUCUACCAAACUCUAUUAGUAAAUUAUUAUUACUGCUAAUUGAGAAGAGUUACUGAAAGAAUUGUUGAUUUCCUGCUAAAGAAGUAGUGUCCUCCUUAGCUGUCACCGAGAUCCUGUUAGGGGCUCAGGAUCUAUGCAGUAGUAAGCUCAGGAAAUGACUGUCACAUGCCUUGUGUUGACUUCUCCUUCCUUCCCUAAGCACAGGCGUUAGCUUCCUGAAGCAGCUCUCGAAUACCCCGCUCAGAACGUUAGCAGCACUCACUGUUAGUUUAGGUCCUUCUUGGGCAGGCUGUCUGGCUCUGACCAGGUAUGUUCCUUUGAAGCACAGCUGCCGUCUUUCAUCUUGUAGGUAAUUCACAGGCAAGCUAUCACUCUCUAACCUCUGUAAACGAAACUACAGCUGAAGGGAGAGCUCUAUUCAAUGUGAUAGCCACCUGUGCUGUGUACAGUGUAUGUGUAACAUGCAUGCAUAGAUACCUAUUUUCAAUGUUAGUUUUCUCAGCUGCUUGGAUCAAUUUCAGAUAUUCCACCUUAAUGAGAGAUUCUGAUUGCAAGUCUGUAUGUGUGAACAAUUUGACCAGAGCUCAUUAGACCACAUUUGCUAUUCUAACUAGGAAUUCUAUAGCAUGAUAGAUUUUUACCAAGAUGGUGAUGUGGUACACUAAAAAUGUUCCUCUUCAUAUCCACUUACCUGAUUAAAAAUGCCAGGUGAAGAUGGAGUCUGCCAUCUACUCCUGUAUGCAGAGCAAAGGCUUCAGUUAACAAACUUUAUUCCAUUGGUCAGAGAAUGGACUAUCUACCGCAAAUAGCAAAAUAUCCUUAAAUCUGCAUUGUGUAAUUCGCCAAUAAAUACUAGGCAUGACUGCCCAUGCUGUAAAAUUACAUGGUAUAGUUAUCUUUAAAAGAAUUGUGAAGCAUAAGCAAGAUGCUUGAGGAAACAGCCAUUUUCUAUACAGUGAUCUUGUACAGGUAUGUCCACAGGGACGUUCACUGAUAAGGUUGUGCAAUUCAUAUUUACCUCUGUCCUUAGAGUGACACGUGAAAUUUGUUAUGUUGUAUUUAAGAGAUUGAUAUUGGCAUAACAAAAGCUGUCUGAAGUCAGGGGCUUUAUACUUGUUAAUAUAAAGUUGAAAUUCUUUUUAUGUGAACUAGUUGGGAUACCUAUAUAGUUGAUAAUUGCAUCAACCUGGUUAGCCUUUUCUCAUUUCCACCAUCAAAGAAAUGGAAGGUGUGAACUUUUGGUAAAAAGGAAAUAGAAUAGCAUUCUUAAUAAACAAUAAGGAUUCCAUACAAUAA